GCGGGCAGCCCGGCCCGGCGCGUUCAGGUGUUUUCGUCCCUCGGCUCCUCCGUCCCCCGUCGCAGGGGACGCGCGGAGAAAUAAAAUGCUCGGUGACACGCACUGACGGUGUCUAUAGGCGAGGUAUCGCAAUAAAGGCGUGCUAAGCAUGGAGGAGGAGGAAGACUAUAUGUCUGAUUUAUUUAUUAAACAGGAUGUAAGGCCAGGAUUGCCCAUGGUGAGGCGGGUUAAGGAAGCUAUUCAGAAAGAAGAAAAGCAAAAAGAAGCCAAUGAGAAGAACAGACAAAAAAGCAUAAAAGAAGAAGAAAAAGAGAGACGUGACUUGGUACUGAAAAGUGCAUUGGGCAACGAGAACAAAGGCUUUGCUUUGCUGCAGAAGAUGGGCUACAAGAGCGGCCAGGCCCUUGGCAAAAGCGGAGAAGGCAUUGUUGAACCUAUUCCUCUGAACAUAAAAACAGGCAGAAGUGGGCUUGGUCAUGAGGAGUUAAAAAAGCGAAAAGCUGAAGAAAAACUGGAAAGCUAUAGACAAAAACUCCAUAUGAAAAAACAGGCAAAUGAGCAAGCUGCAGAUCAGUUCAGAAUAAGAUUCAAAACCAAACAAGAAGAACGUAAGAUGGAAGGGGACCUGCGAAAAAGCCAGAGGGCCUGCCAGCAAUUAGAUAUGCAAAAAGAUAUUGGUGUUCCCAAGGAGACUUGGUUUUGGAUAGAACCUGAAGAGGAAGACAAAAAGGAUGAGGAAGACAAGGAAGAUGAAUGCACGAGCUCAGACUUAAGUGUAUCAGAAAAGCUACACAUCCUGACAGCCUAUUUGAGAGAGGAGCACUUCUAUUGCAUUUGGUGUGGAACAACCUAUGAAGACUCUGAAGAUUUAUCUUCAAACUGUCCUGGAGAUAGUGCUGCAGAUCAUGACUAAAGCCAGUCUAAAGAAAGGAGCCCUGAUAAAUAAAAUUUGCACGUGAUUUCUUGCAAAGUGCCCCGUCCUGGUUGCAGCUGGCAGACGUGAAUGGUGACGUGGCCGAGGAACAGACAUGCCCCAAGCCUUGCUGUUGCUUCUGACAUCUGUUGUCACUUCAUCAAUUGUAAUAAAUUCAUCAAACUCCGGAUUUUAAACACAG